AUGACUGGCGUAGAGUUGGGCAGGUGCAGGGCCAUCAGAAAGGAUGUGCCAGAGGCUGGCAUGGCCGCCCAUGGAUCUGAGGCCACAGGUGGGGCUUGCAACACGCCCCCAUCUGCAUCGGGCAUGGCACACAACCCACGAGAGCAGCUGCAGUGGCAGCUGCAGCAUGCGAUGCACCCAGCUGAGGCGCAGGGGUCCCCCGCCGCCAGCAGCUCUGCAUCACCGACCGGCGAUCAAUACCGCGAGCAGGCUGUCGGUGUUUCUUUGUUGCAUCUGGCGUGGCCAGGGCCACGUCAUGGUGUAAAGCCAGAGGUUCAACAUGCAAGAGCGAUGAAUGAGACCAGCGCUCAUCCGGCAAUGGCAAGACGAAAGAGAUCAAGGUGA